CUCCCUCUCCCCCUCUCCCUUCCUCCAUCCAUUUACUACUGAAAAUGGAGACAUCAAAAUCCAAAUCGUUCUUUGAGGACAUCAAAUCGAGAGAGCUCAAUGGAUUCCGAGUAAAAAAGCGAGCAUAUACAGAAAAUGAUACAUUGAAUUACAGUCAAGUCGGAGCUGUAGCCAUUCAACAUGACGGAGAAGCUUCACCUCCAAUGGCUCUCUCUUUCUGCAAGACUAGUAAAAAUGCCCAUAUAAUUGCUGUGACUGAUGAGCGGGGCUAUGUUAGCUUAUACAACACCAGAUCUAAAUUUUCGUCUUGUUCGAGUUUCGGGCAGAAUGCAGAGAAAGCUAAACUAUGGGAAUGGGUAGCUCAUGAUAAUGCUAUUUUUGAUGCUUGUUGGAUCAAGGACGAUACAGCCAUCUUGACAGCUUCUGGUGAUCAAAGUAUAAAAUGGUGGGAUGCACAGGAAAAGAAAUGUCUUGGUGUGCUUCUAGGUCACACAGGAAGUAUAAAAUCUAUUUGUCCCCAUCCAACCAAUCAUGAUAUCAUUGUCUCUGGUUCAAGAGAUGGGUCGUUUGCUCUAUGGGACUUGAGAUGCCCCGACACUAGGCAGGGAGCAUUAUGUAGAAUACCAAUUAUGACCGUUUCCGGGGCUCACAGUUCAAGUUAUGGGAGGCGAGCAAGGCGCGGCAAGACUAAUUCUAGGAGUGUCACUUCAGUUCUUUAUUUAAGGGAUGAGAUGUCUAUUGCUACUGCUGGAGCAUUGGACAGUGUUGUAAAGUUCUGGGACAGCAGAAGCCUUAAAUCUCCAGUUACCCAGGCAUGCUCGGAUACUCGACUGUCUAAUCCAAAGGAAAGACGUUUAUAUGGUAUAACUAGUUUGUCACAAGAUUUGAACGGAGUGUUUCUGUCAGCUUCAUGCAUGGAUAAAAGAAUAUACCUCUAUAAUAUCCUCCAGCUUGAAAAGGGGCCUGUCAAAUCAUUUUCUGGAUGCCAAAUUGGAUCAUUUUUUGUUAAGUCAGCAAUAAGCCCUGAUGCAGCCCAUAUACUCAGUGGUUCCAGUGAUGGAAAUGCCUACGUAUGGCAGGUGAACAAACCCGAAGCAAAACCCACUAUACUGAAAGGCCAUUGUGGAGAAGCUACAGCAGUAGACUGGAGUUCAUCUGAGCCUGGAAAAGUAGCUACAUCCUCAGAUGAUUUGACGAUUCGGUUUUGGGAUAUUCGAAGCAGUUGCUACUCAAGGACAAGAUCCCCUUCUUCAACCAGAAAGAGAGUCAUGGCACUUCCAAGUAUGCAAUGCAGAAAGCUUUUUGUGGAUGAAGAACCAAAAACUUAUAAACUAAAACUCGACACAUUCCCUGAAGAUGAAGCUAUGGACCAAACCAACUUAGAUGCUGCUGUUGCAAUUGCAGAAGUCAGUACUCCUAAACAGCUAAAAAGAUCAGUUUCCUCUUCAAAAGUGACUAAAAGCUUCGACAAUACUCCUGAAGUUUUUCUUGAAAGCCCUUCUUCUGUUUUGAGCCCUCCUUCCUCCUUGAAAAGGAAAACAAUACGAGAUUACUUUUUGGCUACUUAAUAGCACUUGACCAGUAUUUGAACUUUAUACUUCAAGAUUUUUCUAUAUUCUACUGCAACCUCAA